CUCUCCACGGGCUAACGCUGACCCCAAGCCGCUCCUCACCUGGACAAGAUGAGAGUGUCAGGUGUGCUUCGCCUCCUGGCCCUUAUCUUUGCCCUGGUCGCCACAUGGAUCUUUAUUAGCAGCUACAUCAGCUUCAACAUGAAAACUCUCCGUCUGCCCCGCUGGCUAGCCCCUUCCCCAGCUGCCUCCACCAAGGGUUGGUCUGUUCCCUCCACAGCGGUCGUGAGGACCAAGUGUGGUCUCAGCAAGCCCUGCCCGGACAACUUCUUUGCCUUUAAAAUCAGCAGCGGAGCCGCUAACGUCGUGGGCCCCAAGAUGUGCUUCGAAAACCUUGUGAUCAUGAGUCCUGUGAGAAACAACGUGGGCAGGGGCCUGAACAUUGCCCUGGUGAACGGAACCACAGGACUAGUGCUGACGCAGAACUGUUUCGACAUGUACUCUGGAGAUGUUAACCUCCUGGUAAAAUUCCUUAAAAAAAUCCCAGAGGGCACGCUGGUGCUAAUGGCCUCCUAUGAUGACCCAGGAACCAAAAUGAAUGAUGAGACCAGGAAUCUCCUCUCCAGCUUGGGCAGUUCCUAUGCAAACCAGCUGGGCUUCAGAGAUAGCUGGGUCUUCUUAGGGGCCAAAGACCUCAAGGAUAAAAGCCCUUUUGAGCAGUUCUUGAAGAACAAUCCAGACACGAACAAAUACGAUGGCUGGCCGGAGCUGCUGGAGCUGGAGGGCUGUGUUCCCCAGAAGGUAUUUUAGGGCGGCUGCAGGACCCAAGAAGCCUCUAGCUGUCCUAGCAUCAGCUGCAGCGGGGAGAAGGAAGCCAGGUGGCCUGUGGAAAGUUCCCUGGGGGGGAGGGGGGUCCGCGCCCUCUGCGCACCUCCUCUUUCCGGAAGCAGUGCCCUCCCAGCCAAGGUGGCCAGCCAUCAGGGGUCCUUCUGGAGCCUGUCUGCUUUCCCUCGAAGCCACGGUCGCGCCCAAGGAAGGACGGACUGCCCGCACCUGCGGCACACCAUUAAAUUUUAUUUUUGCUGAU